AUGAAUACCACAGAAAGAGAACUCCAACCUGGCUUCAGGAGAAGCCGUAUGACAUCCAUAAAAGGAAUCAGGACAAGAAGCGUUGUAACUUUCAAUCCAACAACAAUUAGCCCAGAAGAAGAGCUGUACAUUAACAUUCCCAAACUAAAGCCUGACUCUUGUUUAGUUCCAGGGUCACUUGCACUAUUAUUUGACUUCAAAAAUUCCAAUACUAAAAGCCGGUUCAAUAAUAACCUGGCCAAAUUGAUUACAAAACGUCUUCAGGUUAAAGUAGCAGGUGAAACAGCUUAUGACUGUUCAGGAGAGAGUUUGUAUGAAAUUUAUAAAGAUCUAUGGCUAACACAGGGUGACAGAAAUAAGAUGACAGAACAGGGCCUCGGAAGUGAAAACCUGAGAAAGCUGAUAUCAGGUGACGACUCAGGAGUAAAAGUAGGUGAUGUUGGUAAAAUAGCAGAUGGACUUCUCCAUAGUGUGUACGGCUCUAAGCUGAGAAAACCGAUUGAUAAAAUAAUCGCAGACCAUGGACUUUACGUACCAUUCACAUGA